AUGGCCCAGCUCUCACUCUUGGAUGGUGCUGAUGCCAACGGCAGUCCACUGUGGCGUCUGAAAGCAUUCAAAGUGGCGCUUGCCACGAUAAUUUUUUGCCUCUCUGUGUCCGCCGUUCCAAUCUACAACAAGCUGGUCUUUGCCACUGGUGUUUGUGAGGGCGACCACUGUCUCAGGAAGUUUCCCUACCCGAUGGCCACGGCCUUCCUUCAGCUUCUCUUAGUCUCCACGGUGCUUGGCGUGGUCAACAUCUUCGGGCAUUUCGUUUGCGACCGUUCCAAGUCCUGGAUUUUUGGACCUCAUUUCAGGUACAAGCUCCGCCACAUCGCCCCUGUUGGCGUCCUCUUCGGGCUGAAAUAUGGUGUCACGAACUGGGGGCUUCAGCUGGUGCCCACGGGUGUCCAUCUGCUCUUGCAGUCAACGGACGUGAUCUGGACCAUCCUAUUGGCCGAGGUAGUCAACCAGGAGGAUCUGGGUCUGCUCGAGGUCGCGGCCGCCUUCCUUUCUGCUGGAGGCUCCGCUCUCAUAGGCCUGCAUGCCGCGGACACGCUGCAGGCGCCUCUCGUGCCGCUGCUGGUGAACCUGCUGCCGCCUUUCUUGUUG